AUGGCUGACAGCGCAGAGCCCGCGGCUCCCGACGCCGCUCCCGCCGCGGCUCCGGACGCGGGUCCCGCCGCGGCCGCUCCGGGUUCGCCGGUGCAGGAGCGGCGGGCGGGCGGCUCCCCCGGAGCGGGCGCGGCCAUGCCGCGGCUGCCGCUGGGCGGCCAGGGUGGGGCGGCGGGAAUGUCGCUGCCGCGGCUGGAGAAGCCGAUCAAGCAGGCCUUCUACAACACCGGGGCGCUUCUGUUCGCGGGGCUGUGUUGCGGCGCCGCCGUCCUCGUGUACUUCAUCCUGGAGGCGUUCCUGCGGCCGCUGCUCUGGGCCGUGCUCUGCGGAACCUUCCUGCACCCCUUCAAGACCUCGCUGACGGCGCUGGGGCGGCGCUGGCUGGGCCGCCUGCACCGCUCCCGCACGCCGGUGCUGCUGGCCGCCCUCCUGCUGCCCAUCUGCUUCGCCAACUACGGCGUGGAGGCGCUGGGCGAGCAGGUGCUGCGGCGGCGGCGGCUCCUGCUGCUGCUGGGCGCCGGGGGCCCGCUGCUCUACGGGCUCUACUGCCUGGGCAGCUCGCUGGGCGUGCAGGUGCUGCUGGCACAGGCCGCCCGCAUCAUCUGCCAGGGGCUCGACUACUUCAGCAGCCAGUGGAUAUGGACACUGGUAGUUGGUUACCUGCUGAUGGUUUCAUUCAAGUGGAAUAUAAGCACUGAACGUUACUUAAAAGCAGUCUCUGUUCCUGUCUGGAUUAUGCUGCUCUUUCACUUAGCUUCUGUGGCAGGUUCCUGGAGAAUUCCUGUAUUUCUGGUUAUAGUUGUUCUGAUGACAGUAGGCAUGUUGCAUGAACAGCAGAAUGGAAAGGAGUCUUCUGGGGCUGAGCUUCCUGGUCAGAUGAUUUCCAUUGCUGCUUCAACAAUUGCUAUGGCAAUUUCAAUGACAGAAGAUGAGUCCAAUAAUGAACAUUCCUCCCAACCCUCAGGAUCAACAGCAGAAAGUGAUCAGCCUCCACCUCCACGAGCUUCAUCAUCUUUCGGCACCUCCUCUUCAUCAUCUUCUGGGAACAGACAAAGAACUGAGAUUGGAUCUUUUCUUAGAAAAAAGAAAACUAGUGAUAUUUACUUUGUUACUCUUGUGUGGGCCAUUGUCAUUGUUCAGAUCUGGCUAAAUUUUUGGAUUGUGCAGCUGUUGCCAGUGCCAUUUGCAGUUUGGGCACUUAAAAAAUUCGUGGUUCAUUUUGGAGUUUUGAACUUCAUGGCAAAGCACUGCAAAAGUUGGUGGCAGCUGGUUGAAAAUUUUGUGAAGGAACGGCAGGAAGCUCUUGCUCCACGGCCCAUCAGAGGACUUGGAAGUGUUAUGCUAAAGCUUGACAGUAAGCUGUGGCACUGGCUUAAUAAGAAGAUUAUCGUGUGGCUGGAGAAAAUGCUAGAUAAAAUAAUCAGCAUUUUCAUAAUAUUUGUGCUGGUGAUAGGAACCCUUCUGCUAGCUCUUCUCCUUACUGCAAAGGUACAUCAAGAGAGCGUUCACAUGAUUCAAGUCACAAGCAGCUUGAUCAAUGAGACAGUAGCCAGUCACCCAGAGUGGGCAAACUGGCUCCCAGAGGCCCAGGUCAUUCAGAAGGCGCUCAAUUCUGCAGCCAACAACGUAUACCAGUAUGGCCGAGAAUGGAUCACACACAAGCUCCAUAAGAUUUUAGGAGAAAAAGUAAAUAACACUGCUGUGAUUGAAAAACAAGUGCUGGAGCUCUGGGACAGGCUUUAUCACUCUUGGUUUGUGAAGAAUGUAACACAUUCUGGAAGACACAAAGGACAUAAGUGGCACAUAAACCGUCAGCACAGCUGGCUUGGAGAUAUUCUGGACUGGCAAGAUGUUGCGUCGUUUGUUCACGAUAACAUCGAAACGUUUCUCUCGAUCCUGGAGUCUCUGUGGAUAGUGAUGAGUCGCAAUGUGAGCCUCUUGUUUACUACGGUUACAGCAUUAGUGACAAUCCUCUUCCACAGUGGGACAGCUCUUCUCAAUUUUGUGCUUUCAGUGGUGAUUUUUCUGACCACACUGUUCUACCUGUUGAGUUCCAGUGAUGAAUAUUACAAGCCAGUAAAAUGGGUGAUAAGCCUGACACCUUUGUCUCAGCCAGGUCCCUCCUCAAAUAUAGUUGGCCAAUCUGUAGAGGAAGCAAUAAGAGGUGUGUUUGAUGCUUCCCUCAAAAUGGCUGGUUUCUAUGGACUCUACACUUGGCUGACUCACACUAUAUUUGGGAUUAACAUAGUCUUCAUACCAUCUGCAUUAGCAGCAAUCCUUGGAGCAGUGCCAUUUCUGGGGACAUACUGGGCAGCAGUCCCUGCAGUCCUAGAUUUGUGGCUUGUGCAAGGACAGGGAUGCAAAGCCCUUCUGCUCUUGGUUUUUCACCUCUUGCCAACCUAUUUUGUAGAUACAGCAAUUUAUUCAGAUAUAUCAGGAGGGGGUCACCCUUACCUGACAGGCCUUGCAGUAGCUGGUGGAGCAUAUUACCUGGGACUGGAAGGGGCCAUCAUAGGACCAAUUCUCCUUUGUAUACUUGUGGUUGCUUCCAAUAUAUAUAGUGCCAUGUUGGUGAGUCCAACGAAUUCUAUGCCCACUCCAUCACAGGCAGCGUGGCCAUUGCAGAUUUACAGGUCACCUAGAGAGAGCCCUGAGGAGGUGAAGAUGUCUGCAGAGUGAGGGAGGUGCUGGGCUGUACCCCUGCAACAUGAGGGAAUCGCUGUCUUCUGUCUUGGGUUCACAACAGCCAUGGAUGGCCUUCUGUCCUUCCCAGCUGUGCCUGGGGGCAGCUCACAGGGAAGCAUAGGCUGCGUUUUAGGAGAAAGCACUGGCCUUACAUUAUUGUGCACUUUGCCUCUUCAGAGAGAAUGUCUACUUCCCAUGGCUUUGCAUACCAACACACAGUCAGCUGCCUUGUUGAAGACUUUGAAGACCUUCUGUCUUAGCAAAAGAAUAGUUAAGAGGACAGGUACAUCCACUGGAGUCGUUAUCUUAUCUGCUGAAAUUACUAACUUGGCUUUUAUUUAUUGGAUUAUUUGUCUUAUUAAACUGUAGUAGCUUUAAAGAAAGCUGUAAUUCCAAAAUAUUUAUUUUUAGGCAAUCUGGUGGCAAAAGAAGGGCAAACCACUCAUUGUGAAAUGAAAGUAUAAUGUAAUAAUUUGCUUCUCCUCAAGGUGUUUCUUUAUAAGCUUCAACCAUCAUCUGUAACUCAUAAUAACACUUAAAUAUUAUUCACUUACACGCACUGAAAUUUAAUGUUGUUGGAGACUGGUAUUUUAAAAAUCUUCCUGAUAUUUAUAGAAAUGCAAACUGUUAAAUGUGAGUUUUCCUCUUACUGACAUAGGAAGACUUGUUUAAAUAGUUUAAGUCUUGCCCCCAUUUUCAGCAAAAUCUGAUAAUAUUUUGCUGUUUAUCCACCCUCCCAGUGGAGUCAUCUUGUCCACUAAAUUUAAUCAAAGGCCUUAAGUGUUUUCAGACAGUAGUAAUGUAGGAUGGUCACAUGUCCUUCCAGUAAUUGGAAGAAGUUUCAUGGGGAUUGUUUAAUGUUGGUUUUCAAAUGCUGUGGCUAGUUCCAUUCACUUUUUAAACAAAUUUUAGUACCAGAAAGAAAUGGGAGAGAACAUAGAUUUUGGUUUAGCUUAUUUGGGGCUUUUUAACCCUGUAAAGCAGCUGGCCACAUAUCUUGCUGAGUUAUAGGAUAUAUCUUAAUAUAUUAAGGUGCAUCUUAUUAAUAAGCAAAGAUCUUGAAUAUGUAAUUUUACUUAAAAUGCAGCUUUGGUGACAUUUAAGGCCUUUUGUAUUGAUUGUCAAAG